AUGGACUUGUUUAGAGUACUCGGGGCGGGCGCCAAGUUCGACAAGAAGCGGUUUAGGCAGGAUGUGGAAGUAUUUCAUGCACCUCGAAAUGAAGUCGCGGCACCAACGGCAACUGAAGUGGCGGCAAACGGUAUAGCACCCGAACUCGACUUCUUUGCUGCCGAAGAACCGCAGGAGGCUGAGAAAAUAAAGGAGCCGAAGAGGGUGUCAAAGAAGAGGAAGCUGGCACAUGACGGCGCAGGGGAAGAAGGAGAGAAGGACGCAGCAGCAGCCUCGGCUCCAGCGACGUACGUCCCGUUCAAAAACGAGGAAGAAGCCAGCGUCUUCCGGAAAGAGCAUCGCAUCCGCAUCUACGGGACAGACGUACCACACCCGAUCCGCUCAUUUGCGGAACUUGGACCUCGUUUCACCCUCCGCUCGUAUCUCACGCGCAAUCUCGUCGCAGCGGGGUACGAGACCCCUACGUCGAUCCAGAUGCAGUCUAUCCCUAUCAUGCUACAUGGGCGAGACCUCAUGUCAUGCGCGCCAACAGGAUCCGGAAAGACAUUGGCGUACCUCCUCCCUAUCCUGCACGAUCUAAAAAACCCGGCGAAGGAAGGCAUUCGUGCCGUGGUUAUAUGUCCCACUCGAGAAUUGGCAACCCAGAUUCACAGAGAGCUGCAGAUAUUGACAAAGUCCAAACCUUUCAAAACGGUCGUGCUGACCAAGAUCGCGUCGACAACGAACGCAGACAACCCCAACCUUUCCACUUCCUUCUCCAAUGCCGACAUCCUCAUCUCCACACCGCUACGACUCGUCCACGCAGUGCAGCAGCAAGGCUUGAAACUUGAUAAAGUACGACAUUUAAUACUGGAUGAGGCGGAUAAGCUGUUGGAGCUGGGGUUCUUGGAGCAGGUAGAUGACGUGUUGGCCAUUGUGGGAGGGGAUCAAGUAAGGAAGAGCCUGUUUAGUGCGACGAUUCCGAGUGGCGUUGAGGAGCUGGCGAGGACGUUUAUGAAGGAUCCUAUCCGUAUCGUCAUCGGACAAAAAAACGCCGCAACAGAAACAAUCAACCAAAAACUCCUCUACGUCGGCCAAGAGGCCGGCAAACUCAUCGCCAUCCGCCAACUCAUCUCCACGGGCCUCAAACCGCCCGUCCUCAUCUUCGUCCAAUCCAUCGAUCGCGCAAAAGAACUCUUCCACGAACUCGUCUACGACGGCAUCAACGUCGACAUCAUCCACUCCGACCGCACAAAACUCCAACGUGACACCGUUGUCAAUAACUUCCGCAUGGGCAAGACAUGGGUCCUCAUCGCCACGGAACUCAUGGCCCGCGGUGUGGAUUUCAAGGGCGUCAACCUCGUCAUCAACUACGAUUUCCCGCAGUCAGUCGCGUCCUACAUCCACCGAAUCGGACGAACAGGGCGAGCAGGGCGGCCCGGUGAGGCGGUGACGUAUUUCACGAAAGAGGACGCGCCGUAUUUGAAGUUGGUGGUGAAUGUGAUGCGGGAGAGCGGGUGUGAGGUGCCGAGUUGGAUGGUGGAUUUGAAACCGCCGAGUAAGAAUGAGAAGAAGGCGUUGAGGCAGAAGGCGGUUAGGAGGGAGGUGAUUAAGACUGUGAGCAAGUUUGAUGAGAGGCAUGCUAGGCGGAAGAAGUACGUAAUUUUGGUUGCCUGCCAUCGUGUUGCGCAACUCCUUUACUAACGCCUUUGUUCCCCUCAACAGAGACAUUGUGGAAGGCUCCAAACGAAGGAAAGAGAGAACCGUAAAGAAGCCCGAAACACCCAGUGCAUGAAGACCUGCGAAUCAUUCAUCACUCCAAGUAUUCCCACACCCAUCAACUCGCACAUAGUCCAUCAGUUAACAGCAUAGCAUAUAGCAUCUAUACCACGCACAUCCCGCUUUUUUCGUAGUCUGU